GUCUGCUUAGACAGCCAUCUUCUUCUCUUUCCUCUUCUAUAUUUGUCAUCAGUGUUUGUCUGACCUCCUCUCGAGUCUGAGAACAUGGACACAGCUGCAGCGGUGACUCUACUGGCACUGAUUAUGGCGAUGGCUGGCGUCAGUCACGCUCUUCACAUCCAAGCCGGCCUGGACAAAAACGACAUCUUGCCUGGCAGCUCAGAGGAGAACAUGCCUGACCGCCUGUUUGGCCGCAGCUCCAGAGGGCAGGUUGUGCUGGAGGAUCAGAUGCAUUCCCGUGACUGGGAGGCUGCCCCCGGUCAGAUCUGGAGUAUGGCCGUGCCCCAGAGAUUUGGCAAGAAGUAAUGUUGCAGUCAUGCGGUGUUGCCCUGGUGGAAGGUCAAGCAGCCGAGAGUUAUAAAGAUACUAGAUUUGUUCCAGCCCGUUAGGCUUGACCUUACACCUGGUGUCCAGUGAAAGAUGACACUAGCUUAAUCUUUCAUGAUUAUGAUUGUUGUUAUUUUCUUUGAAUUUCCAACACUGGGAAGCACGGUGACUGGUGAUUGUUUGGAUCGGCAUGUUAAGG